UAAAUAGAACCACAUGAAUGAGGGGGGGAAGGGAAAAAAAAAAAGAAAAAGAUUAGCACAAAGAAGAAGAAAAAUGGCAAAUUUUGUUCUGCAGGUUCCAUCUAUUAUUAGAUUAAGGAGCUUCACUGUGUCUGCUUCAUCCAGUUCCAAUGGGGCUCCUCCAGGAGGUUUAGGAAGCAGUAGUGGUGGUGGUGGGGGGCCAGUGAUAGUGGAGCUUCCUCUUGAUAAGAUCAGAAGGCCUUUGAUGAGGACAAGAUCAAAUGAUGCUAGCAAAGUUCAACAACUUAUGGAUAGUAUCAGUGAAAUUGGUCUUCAAGUACCUAUUGAUGUGCUAGAGGUUGACGGAGUCUAUUACGGCUUCUCUGGGUGUCACCGCUAUGAAGCGCACCAGCGCCUUGGACUCCCUACCAUCCGUUGUAAAGUACGCCGCGGCACAAAAGAGACUCUAAGGCAUCAUCUUCGCUAAAUAACUGCUCAUCUUAUCAAGAUUCAAGAUUAUGACUGAUUGAAUUACUUUCCAAAGUAAUAGAAGCUCUCCCUCCUGCUUCUGAAGGCAGUUUUCAGUGAAUGUGUUGUGAUGUGGAUGUGGAUGUGGAUGAUAUGUAAUGUUUACAAACAAUGCAAAAACAGGACAAUGCACUAUUGAUAUAAAAUAUAAUAAAUAGAGAUCUGAAAUUUGUUUAAUUAACAAGAGUGUAACACUCUUUAUUUAGUU